UGAAAUAAUUUUAAAAAGAAAAAAAAGAACCAAAACCACCGACAACAGCCCCGGAUCCCUGUUGGUGGACCGUCGAACCGAGCCGCCGGAACUAUGAGUCUGUCCCGGAGGUCUGCGCUGGUCCUGCGCCGGAGCCGGUGCUUUUAUCCGCGGCUGUGGGAGCAGGGCCGCGCCGGGGCGCACGGGCCUACCCGCCUGGAGGACGCACCCAGGCGGUUCAGCACGGCCGAGGUGUCCAAGGUAGAACCCGGAGACCCCGGUAGGAUGCGGGAGAGGACCCUGACCAUGGCCACCCUCAACCCGCAGGUGAAGGCCGUGGAGUACGCGGUCCGGGGACCCAUCGUCCUGAAGGCGGCGGACAUAGAGAGGAUGCUGCAGCAGGGAGUGAAACAGCCGUUCUCUGAGGUCAUCAAAGCCAACAUCGGUGACGCUCACGCCAUGGGUCAGCAGCCAAUCACCUUCCUCCGUCAGGUGGUGGCUCUGUGCUGUUUCCCUGAACUCUUGGACAGUCCAGUUUUCCCCGACGACGCCAAACAGAGAGCUCAGCGGAUCCUCCAGGACUGUGGAGGCCAGAGUCUGGGUUCGUACAGUGCCAGUCAGGGGGUGCAAUGCAUCCGUCAGGACAUUGCAGACUACAUCUCCCGUAGAGACCAGGGCGUUCCUUCAGACUGGAAUAACAUCUACCUCACCACCGGGGCCAGCGAUGGCAUCAUGAGCAUCCUCAAACUGCUGGUCUCAGGUCACGGCAGCUCCAGAACCGGUGUGAUGAUCCCCAUCCCUCAGUACCCGCUCUACUCCGCCGCCAUCUCCGAGCUGGAGGCGGUGCAGGUUAAUUACUAUCUGGAUGAGGCUAAUUGCUGGGCGCUGGAUGUUGAGGAGCUGCAGAGGGCUUAUCUGGAGGCCAAACAGCACUGCCAACCCAGAGUCCUAUGCAUCAUCAACCCUGGAAACCCCACAGGUCAGGUGCAGAGCAGGAAGUGCAUAGAGGAGGUUCUGCACUUCGCCUAUGAGGAAAACCUGUUUGUCAUGGCUGAUGAGGUCUACCAGGACAACGUCUACUCCUCAGACUGUGAGUUCCACUCCUUUAGAAGAUCCUGUAUGAGAUGGGCCCGGAGUAUUUCAACAACGUGGAACUGGCCUCGUUCCACUCCACCUCCAAAGGCUACACCGGAGAGUGUGGGUUCCGUGGAGGAUACAUGGAGAUUCUGAACAUGGAUUCACAGGUGAACAGUCAGCUGGUCAAACUGUUGUCUGUUCGUCUCUGCCCCCCCGUGUCUGGACAGGCGGCCAUGGACGUCAUCGUCAACCCCCCCGAAGAGCAUGAGCCGUCCUACAGCCAGUUCA